AUGCACUCGAGCCUUGCGAACCACCUACCCACCUGGAAAGAGCUUGAGAAGCUCAAGGAUGCAGGCUUUGACUUGAAGGCCGCAUUCAAGAACGACCCUAACCGUUUCGAGACGUACUCGCGCAAGUUUACGUCGCGGGACAAGGACGUUUCACUACUCUUCGACUUUAGCAAGAACUUUGUCGAUGACAACAUUUUCGGCAAGCUUGUGAAUUUGGCUCGCGAGGCCAAAGUCGAGGAAAAGCGCGAUGCCAUGUUCGCCGGCGAGCACAUUAACAACACCGAGGACCGUGCGGUGUUGCACAUUGCGCUGCGCGACCGCAAGCGCGAAUUCAAGCUGAACGAGCCCGGCGUCGAAGAUGUCAUCCCCGAGCUGGAGCAUAUGCACCGCUUCACCGAUGCUGUCCGUUCAGGCGAAUGGAAGGGCUACACGGGCAAGAAGAUCCGCACGAUUGUCAACGUCGGCAUUGGCGGUUCAGAUCUUGGUCCCGUGAUGGUGUACGAAGCGCUCAAGUACUACUCGCAGCGCGACCUGGACAUGCAGUUUGUCUCCAACAUUGACGGCACGCACAUGGUGGAGGCUCUGCACAAUGCGGAUCCCGAGACGACGCUGUUUAUCAUCGCCAGCAAGACGUUUACGACGAUUGAGACGAUUACCAACGCGACCACUGCGCGUGAUUGGUUCCUGGGAAAGGCAAAAGACAAGUCGCACAUUGCGAAACACUUUGUCGCGCUCAGCACCAACGAGAAGGCAGUUACUGAGUUUGGUAUCGACAAGGAGCAGAUGUUCAAGUUUUGGGACUGGGUCGGUGGCCGCUACAGUCUCUGGAGCGCGAUUGGAUUGAGCAUCAUGCUCGCCAUUGGCUACGAGAACUUUACUGCCAUGCUGGACGGAGCACACGAGAUGGACGUGCACUUCCGCACUGCCAAGAUCGAAGAGAACAUUCCGAUGCUCUUGGGCCUGGUUGGGAUCUGGUACAAUGAUUUCCACAAUGCGCAGACCCAUGCUAUCCUUCCUUACGACCAGUACAUGUGCAAGUUUGCAGACUACUUCCAGCAGGGUGAUAUGGAGUCCAACGGCAAGUCUGUCGCCAAGGACGGCAGCCAAGUCGAGUACCAGACGGGCCCGAUUAUUUGGGGCCAGGCCGGCACCAAUGGCCAGCACGCCUUUUACCAGCUGAUCCACCAGGGCACGAAGCUUAUUCCCUGCGAUUUCAUCGCGCCGAUCGAGACGCUGAACCCAGUCGGUGAUCACCACGACAUUCUCUUGUCCAACUUUUUCGCACAGCCCGAGGCGCUUGCGUUUGGCAAGACGGAGGAGGAAGUGCGCGCUGAGCUUGGCAACAACGUCAGCAACGUUGCCUUGGUCAAGAGCAAGGUGUUCAAAGGCAACCGCCCGACGAACAGCAUCUUAAUCCAGCGCAUCACGCCCAAGUCGCUUGGCUCGCUCAUUGCCAUGUAUGAGCACAAGAUUGCGACGCAGGGCUUUGUGUGGAACAUCAACUCUUUCGACCAGAUGGGUGUGGAGCUCGGCAAGGUGCUUGCGCGCAAAAUCCAGCCUCUGCUGCAGAGCAACGACCCGAAGAAGGUAGAGGAGGACGGCCAUGAUUCUUCCACGACUGGCCUUAUCAAGUAUUAUCUCGCGAAUAGGAAGCAGUGA